CCCCUGCUCUGGCUAAGAGGGAGAAUAAGAGAGACCUGCAGCGUGUCUGCCUCAGCACAGCUCCAGGGCGUCUGCACCAUGGCCUGGACCCCACUCUCCCUCCUUGGCCUUGGCCUUGGCCUCCUCCUCCACUGCACAGGGUCCCUCGCCCAGCCUGUGCUGACUCAGUCGCCGUCUACCUCUGCCUCCCCGGGAGCCUCGGCCAAGCUCACCUGCACUCUGAGCAGGGAGCACAGCACCUACAUCAUUGAGUGGUACCAGCAGCAGCCAGGGAAGGCCCCUCGGUUUGUGAUGCAGCUUAAAAGUGAUGGAAGCCACAGCAAGGGGGACGGGAUCCCUGAUCGCUUCUCGGGCUCCAGCUCUGGGGCCGACCGCUACUUGACCAUCUCCAACCUCCAGCCUGAGGACGAGGCUGACUACAUCUGUGGUGUAUCUUAUAGCAACAGUUAA